AUGACAGAUUCCGGUGAGGGAGGGACUGAGAGGCACCGUCAAAUGCUUACUGCCUGGCAAAGAACGCAGCUCAGUCACAAACAACGACCCAAAGAACGCAAGAUGUCAAGAGAAUGGAACCAUAACUCCCCUUUGGAGAGGGGUUCUGUAGCCCCAGUAGCAACAUUGCUCCGCCAGGUCUGCUUUGCCUGGCCUACGGUCCCUCGAACGCCUUGUCCAUACUCCUGGGCAGGUCCUAGUCCUGGCCCGCGCACGUCCAGGCGUCGUGUGGAGAGCAGGGAACCAAAGGACGACGGCAAGCCGACCUUGCCGCAGCAAAUCAGGAGUCAAGAAAGGGCUCGAUAUGAAGGGAAGUUGGUCCAGGAUGCAAGGGAUGCUCAGCAGCACGAUCCAGUGAUGAGUGGGUCGGAGAUUUUGGGCAGCGCGAAGUGA